GAGAGAAGCGUCACUCCGCUCCGUGCCAGCGAGGGAGGCGACUUCUUUCUCGGUUUUUUAGUGAAUACAAAGUGCGCCCGGCGAAGAGAAAUGCCUCGUUAAAGUCAGAAAUAAGACCGCGGUUGUGAAUAUGGCGAACCGUGUCGAGGAAAGCUUUGUAGCGGCUGGUUUGUUGACUAGAAAGUAACGUCUGUCUUCAUCUGGACGAGCAACGAGGUCCGAAGAAAGACAAAAAAAGACUUAACGAAGCGUAAAAUCAGCCGCGAUUUAUACGUGAGUUCAGCUCUUUUUUGUUUUUUAGUCCAUUUUUGAGGUAUUUUUUCCUCGCUAGGUACUAAUCGAGGCAGAGAUGGACCGAGGUGGCUGCCAAAUGAGCGGCGGCGGCGGCGGCGGCGGUGACCGCAGCGGGCCCGACCAGCCCGGGAUGAUCACGCUGGAGGACCUGGAGUCUUUCUCGGAAGACCAGCUGUCAGACUCCGGCAACGGCAGCCUCGAAGAAGAGGCAGAAACCAUGGAGGAAGACGAGCAGUCAGACCGCCUGCUGCAGUACUGGCAGGACGUUGCGAGGGGACACCAAGUGGAAGUUUCUCAAGAUAUGGCAGAACCCAUUCAUCAGCUGACCAGCAACAACCAGGGACGCAGUACCAGAGAACACAUCCCUUUCACUCUCCUCUCACGCAAAGAGAAGUGUGGGGAGCUGCUGUACGAGAAACGUCACUACGAAAAGGGUCACUGGGCGUGUAUAACAAUGCACGAGGAAACUUAUGAACAGAGCAUCUGCUAUGGUUUCAUGAAGAUAAUGAGAUACAUCUGCCAGCAGAACUCCUUGUGUGACUACCUUGGCAUGACGCUGCCCAUUGUCACAGUAAUUCGCACAAAUGAGAACCAUUCUGUGAUCUCCCAUGACGUCACUGUGGCGUAUUUUCUUCCCGCCGAACAUCAGGCUCAGCCCCCACAACCACAUGACAACGACAUCGUCAUAGAGAUCUGGCCCGCCGCUACUGUAUACACAAGGCCCUUUACUGGUCCCACUAAUGAAGUAACCAUUGUUAACCAGAUCAACGUCAUGGCUGAGCAGCUAGACUCCCCAGGUGUGUGCGUCAACGACUCAUUCAUCGUGGCCGGCUACACCAACCCUGCUCACAGCAACCGUCAGAACGAGAUCUGGUUCCUAGAGCGACGCUGAGGGACGAGGGGAUUAAGCAUCAUCUUAUCUGUGACCCUUGAGCCUCAUAAAGACUCCCUUUACACUGCCACAGCUCAGCGACAGCUUCAAGUGCAACCCGAUCUUUAGUCACCACCUCUACCUGAAAUGACCACCAGCCCAGCAGACUCCAGAUCAGUUGGAGCCUGACAAAAACUCACUCUACCCUCAGUGAAUUCAUGUUGAUGUUUAUUUAGAUAGAUCCUCAUUUCGCCCACAAGAACUGAACCAAACUACUGCCAUACUCUCAUAGACACAACCCAGAGGCUAAAGCAUCUAACUCCUGCUCUUACAUUGAGGGGACUGAAAAAAACACUUUCCUCAGCUCAGUGCCCUCUAGCUAAAAAAUGUUGAUAGUUUUAACUCUUAGCGCUCUGUGGUGACCAUUGAUUAUUGUCAGAAACAUGCAACAGCCUGUCUUUCCACAGCAGAAGCAGGUUGCCAGUGCACUUGCAGCCUUAUCAUGCUCCCUUUCUGUCUGUUGCACAACUACAGUGUCUUGUCAUGUGGGGUGAAGGUCAAUGCACUAAACACCAGAAAAAAAAUAGUUUCUCUGUAAUUCUCCAGCUUGCUGAGGUGAUUUCAACACUGUUGAUCUGCUGUUUCUUAAUCUCUGGACUACAUGAUUCACUGCAGGUAGCAAUGCACAGCCAGUCACACAGUAUAACAGUUAUAUUGUUUCAGUAAGUGCAACAGUAACCAACAGUCAACAAGCCAGUUAUUACAGCUGCUGGGCCGCUAACCUAACCCAAUCUGAGGGUAUGUUCAGAGGUUGGCGUGGUAGGUUGGGGAUGGGAUCUACAGCAUGCAAAACAGUCCAACAUCCAGUCCAGGACUGGUGGCAUCAACCAUAAAUAAGCUCAACAUGUAGUGGUCGUUUUAAAGUGCUUACGUUCUAGAGGCAAGUCUGCCAGGUUUUGCUUCAGUUCAGCCUUUUUAUGUGAAGACAGUGUUCUCGCGUGAGGCAGGGAAAACUUGAACGAGGUUUAUUUGAGAUCACAGUACAGCAGGUGACUCUCAUCCAACUUACAUCUAGCACGGUCAGCUAGUGAUUUGUUGUUCCAACUUACACACCUCUCUUCACAUUAUAGUACACGUUAUUACAUGGUCAAAAACGUAUUGUGAUUAAACCUACACAGACUUGCACCAUGUUGUACAAAAUCUCUUUUUGGCCAUUAGGCCCUGCCUAUGCGGAUGCAUAUAUUUUUGAGAAUUGUUAUUUUUUCCCUCCAUAUUGAAAUAAUUUGGUCCACAUGACCUUCAUUUACAAAAUGUCUCUGUCCACACUAAAACGCAAAACAACUCCAGACAUGUGCCAGCAUCCCAUCGUGGUUGUUUCCUGUUCAAUUUAAGGAUGAAGGGCUCACUCAAAAAAUGUAAGCGAUGCUCUGGACAUGUAAAGGUUUUCCUUCCAUUUCUAAGUGACAAUAAUCCCACACUGGAAAGUCUCUCACUAUCUGCUGGUUAGACCAGGGCUUAUCCAAAACCGUUUUCUGGCAGACUCUGAACUGCUGAGGCUAAGCAGAAAUAUUGGGUGCGGCAGACGACUCCUUUCGUCUGUGAAGUGGUGCAGCAGUACUAAGUUUAAUCGUGAAAUAAUCACGAUCAGGCAGUGCUAACAAAAUAUGAACAAUCCAGUAGUGUGCCACUGUUGUCACUGUUUCUGGUGUAUAUGCAUCAACACUUAAAAACAUGAGCAAAUUGGCUUAAAUCUUUUCUAAAACAUUUGUAGAAAGCAGUGAGCAAUUUAACAAAACAUGCCCCCAAAAUCAGGAAGAAAAUAGGAACAAAAGUAAAAGAAAAUUUCCUGAAAAUG